AAAGUUACCUGUGGCCGCCCAAGUCCGCCACUUUCUGCUCUGUGUCUGCCCAUUGCCACGAUCCGGGAGGACUCCGCGCCGCCCGGCCGCCUCCGAGCUCGGGCCCCAUGUGAGGGGCCCUCCCUUAUCCCACCUUUCCGGCUAGGUGAGGGCGCGAGCGGGCGAGCGAGCGAGAGUGGUGAGGGGGGACGGAAAAGCAGAAUUACCUGUAGCUCUUGUUCUGCCAUCUCGGGCGCUCUCACACACCUUCACCUGCACAGACUUGAAAGUCCAGUUUCACCAGAGGCUGAGGCUCCAGGAAAAGGGGAGCGAGUUCAUUGGAUCAAACAUGUCACAAGAGUCGGACAAUAAUAAAAGACUAGUGGCCCUAGUGCCCAUGCCCAGUGACCCUCCCUUCAAUACCCGAAGAGCCUACACCAGUGAGGAUGAAGCCUGGAAGUCGUACUUGGAGAAUCCCUUGACGGCAGCCACCAAGGCAAUGAUGAGCAUUAAUGGUGAUGAGGACAGUGCUGCUGCCCUCGGCCUGCUGUAUGACUACUACAAGGUUCCUCGAGACAAGAGGCUGCUGUCUAUGAGCAAAGCAAGUGACAGCCAAGAAGACCAGGAUAAAAGAAACUGUCUUGGCACCAGUGAAGCCCAGAGUAAUAUGAGUGGAGGGGAAAACCGGGUGCAAGUCCUAAAGACUGUGCCAGUGAACCUUUCCCUCAAUCAAGACCACCUGGAGAACUCCAAGCGGGAACAGUACCUCACCAGCGUCCCCGAGAGCCCCGCCAUCAUCCCCGUGUCGGUGUCCGGGAUCACCGUGGUGAAAGCUGAAGAUUUCACGCCGGUUUUCAUGGCCCCCCCUGUGCACUAUCCCCGGGGAGACGGGGAGGAGCAACGAGUGGUCAUCUUUGAACAGACGCAGUACGACCUGCCCUCCGUGGCCACCCACAGCGCCUACCUGAAGGAUGACCAGCGCAGCACGCCGGACAGCACCUACAGCGAGGGCUUCAAGGACGCGGCCGCCGAGAAAUUUCGGAGUGCUUCAGUUGGGGCUGAGGAGUACAUGUAUGACCAGACAUCCAGUGGCACAUUUCAGUACACCCUGGAAGCUACCAAAUCUCUCCGUCAGAAGCAGGGCGAGGGCCCCAUGACCUACCUCAACAAAGGACAGUUCUAUGCUAUAACACUCAGCGAGACUGGAGACAACAAAUGCUUCCGACAUCCCAUCAGCAAAGUCAGGAGUGUGGUGAUGGUGGUCUUCAGUGAAGACAAAAACCGUGAAGAACAGCUUAAGUACUGGAAGUAUUGGCACUCUCGGCAGCAUACAGCGAAGCAGAGGGUCCUUGACAUUGCUGAUUACAAGGAGAGCUUUAAUACGAUCGGAAACAUCGAAGAGAUUGCAUAUAAUGCUGUUUCCUUCACCUGGGAUGUGAACGAAGAGGCGAAGAUUUUCAUCACUGUGAAUUGCCUGAGUACAGAUUUCUCCUCCCAAAAAGGGGUGAAAGGACUUCCCUUGAUGAUUCAGAUUGAUACAUACAGUUAUAAUAAUCGUAGCAAUAAACCCAUUCAUAGAGCUUAUUGCCAGAUCAAGGUCUUCUGCGACAAAGGAGCAGAAAGAAAAAUCAGAGACGAAGAGAGGAAGCAGAACAGGAAGAAAGGGAAAGGCCAGGCCUCCCAAACCCAAUGCAAUAACUCCUCUGAUGGGAAGUUGGCUGCCUUACCUCUCCAGAAGAAGAGUGACAUCACCUUCUUCAAAACCAUGCCUGAUCUGCACUCCCAGCCUGUUCUCUUCAUACCCGACGUUCAUUUUGCAAACCUGCAAAGGACUGGACAGGUGUAUUACAACACGGAUGAUGAACGAGAAGGCAGUGUCCUUGUUAAGAGGAUGUUCAGGCCCAUGGAGGAGGAGUUUGGUCCGGCACCUUCUAAGCAGAUUAAAGAAGAAGGGAUGAAACGAGUGCUGCUAUAUGUGAGGAAGGAGACAGAUGACGUGUUUGAUGCUCUGAUGUUGAAGUCGCCUACGGUGAAGGGCCUGAUGGAAGCGAUAUCUGAGAAAUAUGGGCUACCCGUGGAGAAGAUAACAAAGCUUUACAAGAAAAGCAAAAAAGGCAUCCUGGUGAACAUGGAUGACAACAUCAUCGAGCACUACUCAAACGAGGACACCUUCAUCCUCAACAUGGAGAGCACGGUGGAAGGCUUCAAGAUCACGCUCAUGGAGAUCUGAGCCCUGGGCUUGGCACGCCCCUGGCAGGAGCUCACAGCUCCCUGGGAAAGAUGGAGGCUGCAGAUCCCGGAGACCAUCUUCACCCAUCUCACAACUGCUGUUACAAGACUGCGCAGGCCCCACUCUGCCAGUGCGCUUGGCCCGUCCACCAGCUCCUACCAGGGACCUGACGCCUGAGCCCCAUGGGAAGAUGCCUUGGGUCUGGAGGGUUCUUAUUUAUUGCCCACCAAGGGUUGAGGCCUACUGCAAGUCACUGCUGGCUCCGGGUGAGACCGUCCAGAGCUCCCCCUUCAGGAGAAGCACUCCUUCCAGACAGCCUGAAACAUCCUUGUCCCUUUUCCUCACCUCUCCAUGUCUCCGGAAUGGCUGGACAAAAUGAGCUACUUCUCUGGGUGCAGUAGUCAUGGUGGGGUGAGAGGUGGAUACCCCUUCCUGGUCAAAACUUUAGGCUGCUCUGGGGAAGCUUGUCUUGCUAAAGACUUCCAGGGUUCCCAGCCAGUGGCCACCAGGCCCUGUACAGGAAGACACUGAGCUACCAUGUAAUUAGUAACUAACACAGAAUGUAUGCCUGGCGCGCAUGUACAUAGUGUUUAUAAUAUUGCAAUAAUAUAUUUUACCUGUGGUAUAUGGGCAGGUGUUACUGCCCCUGGCCAAGGGGUGGCACAUACCUGGAGACUGUUUUCUACAAGAGGUUUCUGCCUUGGCACCUGUUCAGGAGACAUGCUGUGUGAGGGAAGGGGCCUUUGGGCUGUCACGUGGCUGCAGUGGGUACCAAGCCAGACUCUCCAGCGGGUGUGCCUGGGAACUCCUCCUCUAUCCCCAGAGAAAGCCUCCUUUCACACCCCUGCGGCCACCACAUUUAUCUCACGAUGGGACGCUUUGCUUGGCUCUUCUUUUGAGCUUUUUCAUGGGAAAGGUCCUAUCGUCUACGUCCAGCUCCUCUGCAUGGGUACCAGCCCUGCCUGAGCUUUCUAGAGAGGCUGUAUGGGGGUUUUGUCAUCAGAUGCCUGGCACUGGGGCCUGCUGCAGAACUCCUCUGCUGUCCUUAGAAUCCUGGAUGCUGUGUAGUGUCUCACAGUUUACAAGCACGUCCUUCAUCUCAAGUGGCCUUUGUAAAGUCCAAAUGCAGUUCUGAGAGCCUUGCCAGCAGCUCAGCUCUGAACCACCAAGCCAGGGCUUCCUCCUGGAAAGGGAGGAUCAUCUGCCUGGCUCCUGGGUGCUGGGCUUUCAGGAAGUGAGUGAGUGAGAACUCUCGUGAGCCCUGGCCCCUCUGAAACCAGCCUCCCCCCGGAUGCACAUUGGGAGAGAGAAGGCUGUGUCCUCCCACUCUGUGCCCUAGGAGAUGAAGAGGAGAAAGACGCUUCCCUAAGCAAUCAGAAAUGAUGCACUGUGUGGGCCACUGUUCUCUUUGAGGGGACAGGUAGGUGGUUUAGGGGACUGUGUUCACAUUUAUGGGCAGAAGCUCCAACGUUAUGGUAGCCAGACACAUCCCAGCAUCCAAGGCUCAGAUCUAGGGCAGGUUCUGUGGAAAGGUCCAGAUUUGUUUGUAAAGCACUUUGACGUCUUACCUGGGGGCCCCCGUAUCAGGGCUCUCUGCCCUCCCCUCAUCUGGCCUUGAGGCCCAGAGCAGGAUGGAGGGGCUGCUUCCAGCUCCGCUAUUUCUCCUUGAGGCCACAGAGGAACUGGAUGGAAUGGAGAGCAGGUGCUGUGCCCAAGAAGAUCCCUGCGUGGUGGUAAGGCCGUGCCUUUCCCAGUGUCCUCUGUGGUACCCCUUCCUGUGGUGACAGAGGUUAGCAUCCUGCAUUCAGCUCCACUCCAGUGUGUCCCCUUCUCCUCUGCUCUGAUGGCCACUGGCCUGGACCAUCCUGGGGACUGAGGGGGCUGUGUUUAAGUGUUGGAAAUACGUAUGUAAUAUGCACUUCCCGCGCUCCAUGGGUUAGGAAUAAUUUCAAACAUAAUUGGAAGAUGUAGCAGCAAAUACUAUUGGGUUGGGGCCCGGGACUCCAGCGUAGGGAAAAGAUAAAACUUUGGGCAGCCUGACACUGCUAGCUACCCUUCUGUCUCCAGCCUCUUUGGAAAACUGUCCCAAGGCAAAAGAUGAAGCAAAGAUGUUUUUGCAUUUGUCCUAAGUCCCUGAGCACUCACUGUGGUGACCAUUGCUAUAACAAAGGAUAUGAGGCCAUUGCCACCAGAGAGUGGUGCAGAGUGCCACAUCCCAUCUGAUCUGUCCCCCUCUGCAUUCCUGGGGCUCCCUUGGCUUAGCUUGGAGGUGUCCUGCAUUGUAUACUAGCAGAGCUUAGAUGAGAAAAAUUUCCCGAGCAAGAACACUCCAGAAAGAUAGGAGGACUUGCCUCCUCUUCCUUUUUGUCCCUUACAUUAAUCACACUCAAAUAAAUAAGCUUAAAAAAAAAAACCCUGGGAUAUGGGGGAUAUGCGAAGCAUGUGUUUUCCUUACACAUCUCCAAAUUGUUCAGAUUUUACAGGUGUUUGGAAAUUGAGACCAACAGACAAUUGCAGGCAGAUGUCUUCUUGGAAUUGGUUCCUAAAAGACUAAGGCACGUCCCAGCCCAGAAACUUAGGAAGCGUGAAAUGAAUCAAACGUUUAUUUUCCUUCUUAUUUAAAAUCAUGGAAAUGCAACAGAAAUAGAGGAUUUGUGCCAAAUUCUAUGAACAGCCCUUUCUUAAAGACAAGCAAGGGAGAUUGAUGUAUGUACAAUUUGCUCUCAUGUUAAAAGAUAAAGAAAAGGUAAAAUGUAACUUAAUAGUUUUGUAAAUGGGAGAGGGGGAAUCUAUAACUAUAAAUACAGUUAUUUUAUUUUUUGUACAUUUUUAAGAAGAAAAAUAAAUAUUCGUAACAGAAGAGUAAAA